GAAUCUCGCCAUAUGCCAAGAAAACUGCUGGACAUGUAUUCCGAGAAUACACUCGCAAAAAUGCUACGAGUUGCAAAAGAAGGGCUAGAGAACAAUAACCCACCCAUUGCAUACCCCGAAUUUGUACCCCAAAGGGGCGAGAACACUGGAAAGUAUUUUCUUCGAGAAAAAGAUUUCUGGACCUGUGGUUUCUUUCCCGGUAUAAUUUAUUCGCUACUUGAACGAUCAAUCAAAUACCCUCAUGUUUUCCCAUUUCUCGGUCACGAGAAAACUACUCGACCACUCGACAGUUCUUCGUUACGCAGAGAAUUGGAAGCGCUCUGCAACGCAUGGAUUGGCCCAAUUCAUGAAAUGGCUUUCAGAAAGGAUACUCAUGAUCUCGGGUUUAUUCUGCAGCCAUCUCUUCGGAAGGACUGGGAGUUAAGAAGCAACGAAGCAAGCCUGCGGUCUCUUCUCACCGGAGCCCGAAGCCUUGCCAGUCGUUACGGGUCAGGCGUAAGGGCAAUUCGCAGCUGGGAUGCUCUAAAUCAAAAGGACAUUACGAUAAAUAGCAUGACAGAUGAUUUCCUGGUUAUAAUCGACAGCAUGUGUAAUCUGGAUUUGUUGUUCUAUGCCUCAAAACAUUUGUGCGAUCCGAGCUUAGCAGAGAUUGCGGUCACACACGCACGCACCUUGAUGAAAUCUCAUCUUCGGACGGAACACGUUGCCGAGAAAGAUUCUCGGUCAAGGAAUAUGCGACUUUAUUCAAACUACCAUGUCGUCAACUUUGAUCCCCAAACAGGCGUAAUCAAAGAACGUCGCACCGCGCAGGGCUACAGUCCUGACUCAACAUGGGCACGCGGUCAGGCAUGGGGUAUACUGGGUUAUGCUCAAACAUACCACUGGACCAAGGAUAAGGAAUUUCUCUCCGUUGCAUGUGGUCUCGCCGAGUAUUUCCUAUGGCGAUUGGAAACCGCCCCGCAGUGCGUAGAAGUAUAUCGUCAAGGCAAAAGUAUAGGGCGUUACGUUCCCUUGUGGGAUUUUGAUGCGCCCAUUGAAGACGAGGGUAGGCCAUUACGAGACUCAUCGGCGGGAGUCAUUGCAGCGAACGGCAUGCUGCUGCUUUCGCAGUCUAUGGUUGCACUGGGCGACACACUGUUAGCGGAGAGAUAUCGUACAGCAGCAAUGAAGAUUGUCGCUGAUAUAUUGGACUACUGUCAAUCCAGAGAGGAAGCUACAAUUUUGGUCCCCGAGGCCAGUGGGGAGAACGCAAUUCAGGUCAAAGAUGUUGAAUCAGGACAAAGGUUUGACUCUAUUUUGAAGAAUGCGACGGCAAAUCAUAAUUCUCAGGACCAUGAUCGAUAUAGUGACCACGGCCUGGUAUAUGCAGACUACUUUCUACUAGAAUUUGGAAAUCAUUUAUUAAGAAUGGGCUUUGUAUAGAACUUUGUUUGGCCUCGGAGAGUGUGUUUAAAUGUCACGGUUAGACUGGAGAGAGUUCGAUAACUAUGCGCCAAUAUGCCGCAUAUGAUAUACGAGUGUUCCAACUCCAUCUGAUGGAGAUCCCUUGACACGGGCUGGGCUUCUUGGAAAGGAUGGAAAAUGGCGAGAAG